GUGGAGGUGUGGACUUCUUCUCAGACUGGUUCAGAGUCUGGUUGAGUUCAGCAGGUUUCGUCAUUCAGCUUCAGAGUUCUCGUUUUACUGAUGGAGAAACUACCUGAACUCAACUGUCAGGAGAACAACCACUUUACAGGAGUUUAAUGGAAAAGAGAAGAACUGCUGCAGACAUGAAGUUAAGAGGAGGAGGAGGAGGAGGAGGAGGAGGAAGAGGAGCCAUGCUGCUGCUGCUGCUGCUCGGCUGCUGCUGCUGCACCAGAGGAGGAGGCAGAGUUUGCCAGGGGAUGAGUAACAUGCUGACGCUGUUGGGGACUCGUGAUAAUCACUAUGACAAGAUGGUGAAGAUGUACACCAACUGCUCCGUGGUGCUGGAGAACCUGGAGGUCACCUACACCCUGGAGCACCAGGACCUGUCCUUCCUCCAGACCAUCCAGGAAGUGGGCGGCUACGUUCUGAUCGCCAUGAACGAGGCCGCCGACAUCCCGCUGGUCAACCUGAAGCUGAUCCGAGGCCAGAACCUCUACGAGAACGAGUUCGCUCUGCUGGUGAUGUCCAACUACAACAGGAACCACUCGUCUGCGACCCUCAACUACACCGGCGGGCUGAGACAGCUGCAGCUCAGCAGGCUGACGGAGAUCCUGAAAGGAGGCGUGAAGAUGACCAACAAUCCGUUGCUAUGCAACACGGAGACGGUCCAGUGGGAGGACAUCCUGGACAGAGACAGCAACCCCACCAUGCUCCUCAAGACGGACACAUUCACACGUAAAUGUGACAGGUGUGACCCGGGGUGUGUGAACGGCUCGUGUUGGGCAGCAGGACCGGAUCACUGCCAGAGAUUCACCAGGCUGCAGUGUGCGGAGCAGUGCAGCAGAAGGUGUCGCGGCCCGAAACCCAUCGACUGCUGUAAUGAACACUGUGCUGCCGGCUGCUCUGGACCGCGAGCCACCGACUGUCUGGCCUGCAGGGACUUUAAUGAUGACGGAACCUGUAAAGGUGCUUGUCCUCCUCUGACGCUCUAUAACCUCAAAACCCACCAGGUGGACAACAACCCCAACGCCAAGUUCACCUACGGGGCGACCUGCGUCCCGGCCUGCCCACAUAACUACGUGGUGACGGGUGGAUCGUGUGUUCGGACCUGCAGCGCCGACAUGUACGAGGUGGAGGAGAACGGAGUCCAACGCUGCAAAACCUGCGACGGUCCCUGUCCUAAAGCCUGUGACGGAGUCGGAGUCGGCGCUCUGACCAACACCAUGGCCGUCAACGCCUCCAACAUCGAAUCCUUCAGGAACUGCACAAAGAUCAACGGGGACGUGUCCCUCAUCGAGACCUCCUUCACCGGGGACAGGCACUAUAAUAUCCCCCCCAUGGACCCGGCUAAACUGGAGUACUUCAGGACAGUGAAGGAAAUCACAGGUUUCCUGCUGAUCCAGGCCUGGCCGGAGAAUCUGACGUCUCUGUCGGCGUUUGAGAACCUGGAGAUCAUCAGAGGAAGAACAACACGCGCUCAGCAUAGUUUGGCGGUGGUGGGGGCGAAGCACCUCCGCUGGCUGGGUCUGCACUCUCUGAAGGAGGUGAGUGCCGGUCGGGUGUCGAUGAAGCUCAACUCUCAGCUCUGCUACAUGGAGAUCCAGUGGACCCGCCUCUUCAGAGCCAGCGACCAGACCGUCACCGUGAGCCUCAACGCUCCCCCGGACGUCUGCGAACGACAGAAUCGAACCUGUGACCUGGAGUGUACGGAGGAGGAGGGCUGCUGGGGUCCAGGUCCCACCAUGUGCGUCUCCUGUCGGCACUUCAGCCGUAGGGGGCGCUGUGUGGCGUUCUGUAACCUCCUGCAAGGCGAGCCCAGAGAGGUGGAGGUGAACAGCAGCUGUGUGCAGUGUCACCCAGAGUGUCUGCUGGAGACCGGGAUCCAGACCUGCAGCGGACCGGGUCCAGACCAGUGUUCCCAGUGCGCCCGCUUUAAAGACGGCCCCCACUGCGUGGCGCUGUGCCCCCACGGCAUGCUAGGAGACGGAGAGACGCGGAUCUGGAAGUACCCCGACGGGACCGGCCAGUGCCAGUCCUGCCACCAGAACUGCACCCGGGGGUGUUCAGCUGCUGGACUGUCUGGAUGUACCAGCGCCGCCUCCCACACCUCCACGUUGGCGGCGGCCGUGGUCGGUGGGCUCUUGAUCGCCGUCAUCGUGUCAUUGGUCAUCUUUGUGUUGCUGCGGCGACAACGAAUCAGGAGGAAGAGGACCACGCGCCGCCUGCUGCAGGAGAGAGAGCUGGUGCAGCCGUUGUCUCCGAGCGGUGAAGCUCCUAAUCAGGCGCUGCUGUGGAUCCUGAAGGAGACGGAGUUUAAGAAGAUCAGGGUGCUCGGCUCCGGCGCCUUCGGGACCGUCUACAAGGGUCUGUGGAUCCCUGAAGGAGAGAACGUGAGGAUCCGAGUAGCCAUUAAAGUUCUCCGAGAGGCCACAUCACCUAAAGCCAACAAAGAAAUCCUGGAUGAGGCGUACGUGAUGGCGAGCGUGGAACACCCUCACGUGUGUCGCCUGCUGGGGAUCUGCCUGACGUCGUCGGUGCAGCUGGUGACUCAGCUGAUGCCGUACGGCUGCUUGCUGGACUACGUCCGACACCACAGGGACCACGUCGGGGCUCAGUGGCUGCUCAACUGGUGUGUCCAGAUCGCCAAGGGGAUGAACUACCUGGAGGAGCGUCACCUGGUGCAUCGAGACCUGGCGGCGAGGAACGUCCUGGUGAAAACUCCUAACCACGUCAAGAUCACCGACUUCGGCCUCGCCAAGCUGCUGACGGCCGACGAGAAGGAAUACCACGCUGACGGAGGAAAGGUUCCCAUUAAGUGGAUGGCGUUGGAGUCGAUCCUCCAGUGGACCUACACACAUCAGAGUGAUGUCUGGAGCUACGGUGUGACGGUGUGGGAGCUCAUGACGUUCGGCUCCAAGCCGUACGACGGCAUCCCGGCCGGCGAGGUCGCCUCGGUGCUGGAGAGAGGAGACCGGCUGCCCCAGCCCCCCAUCUGCACCAUCGACGUCUACAUGAUCAUGGUGAAAUGUUGGAUGAUCGACCCGUCCAGUCGUCCCAGGUUUAGAGAGCUGAUAGUGGAGUUCUCAAAAAUGGCCAGAGAUCCGUCCCGAUACCUGGUCGGACAGGGCGACCUUCCCAGUCCGACAGACAGCAGGUUUUUCUCUCGCCUGCUGAGCUCAGACGAUAUGGACGAUGUGGUCGAUGCCGACGAAUAUCUGCUACCUAACAAAGGACUGAGUAACCAUGACAAACGACCCUGCAACGCCACGAACGGCCAUCCAGUCAGAGAGAACAGCAUCGCUCUGCGUUACAUCACCGAUCCGACUCACAACACGCCGGGCGGAGAAGACUUCACCACCCAUGACUACAUGAACCAGAGUCUGAGUGAAACCAGCCGGAGCAGCAGGCUGUCGGAGGUUAUGAAUCCCAACUACGAGGACCUGAGCCUGGGCUGGGGCGCCACCUCGCUCCCCUUCCCGCUGGAGGAUCUGAAGCCCUUCGCCCGAGUCCCCGAGGGACCUGAGUACCUGAACACCGCCCGAAGCUCGCUCCCCCUGGCCGCCAGCGACAGCCUGGACAACCCGGACUACCAGGCCGACUUCCUGCCACGGGCCACGCCCUCCGCCACUUUAACCGGGAACGGUCGGUUCCUCCCGGCGGCGGAAAACCUGGAGUACCUGGGUCUGGGUGCUGCGCUGCACGCCCCCGUCCGCUAGGAGGCAGCAACAUUCAGACACCUCAAACUGAAGCCGUGAGGCUCUGUGGGAACUCCCAUCGCCUACUUUGAUUUAAGCUGCUGACGGUAUUUAUUCAGCAUUUUCUGCUACACUGGAACACAACUUGCACUCAGACUGCUGAGUUCCUGAGGAGGAGCAGGAGAGCCAGACCUUUUCCAGGGAUUCAAACCGAUCUUCCGGUCACCAACCGGACGUUUCCUCCAACUUUUAAACGGCUGCGUUAACUUGUUUCAUGGUACGUGUCCACCGGGCCGCUUUUUAUCGAGAGGGGACGCGCCGCUUCCCAGCGUUGGACGCUUGGUGGGCCGCCACUAGACACAACACACGAGGCACCUGAUUGGACGAACGCUUUCCCUCCGUGGGCUGCUGCUCCCAGCUUUCAAACCGGAACCAACACGGAGGCUCGAUUGGAAACUUUAAGGGAUGCACCGAUACCGACACCGAUACCAGUAUCGGGUGUCGGGUCCGAUACUCUGCUCCUGUACUCAUACUCACAAAACGGCUCCGAUACCACUUUACGGCAGCGUGACGUUAACCUCUCAUCACCAU